ACGGGACAUGUAGUGCAUCGAUUCUGCAGGUAAAGAAGUUGCACGCUCUCUGUGGCGCGUCUCCAGUACGCGAGAAGUGUGCUGCACCCUUCCACCCCACCCCAAAGGGCGUUGACCCGUCAUGUAGGCCCAUGGAAAGAAGACCGUCGACAGGGAAGGCGCGAGUGCUCUGCUUUCAUCUUACAAAGCGCUCGCCAAGGCGGACUUUGUGCCUUCUUCGUACCGUAUCAAGUGCUGCCUGUCACUUACAUUUUGCGGAGCUAGGUGUUAGACAAGUUGCGGGGCAACCCUCCUGGCUGCGUUCCAAGCAGUCGACAAAGCUUUGAGCGAUUCUGCUCGUUACCGCUGCGUCCAUCCACUUGGGCUUUAACAGUCUUCUCCCAAGGCUUGCCCUACCUCUCCCGUGCCACCUUGGUGCGCUAGACCCUAUAACUCACGAUUGACCUCAGUUUAGCCGCUCGUUUCGGGUUGAAAGCCCUUCCGGUGCGUUGAUUUAGCGACACAGUGAGUGCGGUGCCUGCCUAGACUCUGGCACUUUGUUGCGCCUGGAGCUGCUGCCCCUUCCCCCUUCUGGCUUUGCCCCGACUCUGACCUUUUUGAUCCCUGAUUGCACAAGACGUCGCCGCCCAGUAUCUUGAAGGGACGCGUCUGGUCGCAUUGCCCAAACGUCUCGCUUUGUGUGGAUUGUAUAUGCACGACUGUGAGUCUAACAUCACGCUCGGGGAAAACAAACUUUCGUGCUGAGUGGCAUGCCCCAUCUCAAAAUUUUGUGACGCCGUUCUGGAAACGUUCUAGACGCUUGGGGCAGUGCAACUAAGCACUCCUUCCAUGAGCUCUAUACUUUAUCCAGCGUGUCCGCACAAAUGCACUGUUUGCACUGCCGCUCCGCCCGGAAUUGUUGAUCAGAACUCAUCAUUCCAACCGCAACCGCCCCCACUGCAACUUCUGGUCUGUGUUGUCGUGCGCGAUCUUCGUGACCCUUCAGGCCCUGCACAGCGGUGGACCAAUUCGCAGCAGCGCGCCCAGACCCUGCUACAAGUAACAUACCUCAACACAUUUCUAGACGAGACAAAAUCAGGUGUUCGCGACCGGUGACUUGCGACAGAAAAGCUUUGCACGCUGCGUCAGCGGUCCGUGUCGGAGGCGAGCUCAGUUCCCUCGCCACCUGCUUGCAGUGUCUCCAUGUGCUGCAUUUCCAAUCCUCGUCCUCGACGCUCUGGCACACCCUCUUGCUACAAUCCUUGACAUUGGACCGUUGUCAGGCCUCGACUCGUCCAACAAGCGCACGGCACCGGCGCGCACCUUCAGCAAGCGUUAACGGCUUUUGGCACCUUUGCGCUCAAACUCCACAGCACUCGUCGCCUCUGCCUGCUCGGGCCUCACCCCUCUUUGUCGCCUGUCUCUGUCCCGAAUGCCCCUUCGCAGGCCGAUCCCUUCGGAGUUUCUCGGAGGCCCCCGCUAUUUGCGGCUUCAGCUGUCCAUCGCCCUCUUCCACACACGAUCGAAGGAGUUUGUCUUUGGGCUGUACGCCGCGAAUGCCAUCGCCAACUCUUCGACAUUGUUAUGAUACUGGACUACUUGGACUACUCUGCACUCUAGAGCACGAAAUCAUUCAAGCUUCCUGCUCAGUAGUUCACUUCGAUCAGCACCCAGAUCUACAGCUCCUCGCCAUUCACGAUUGCCCUUUCCUCGAAGCCCCAACGACGUUUUACGGGAAGCGUCUGUCCACUCUAGCGACACUGCACGCGCAAUCACUGCCACGGCACACCCUUGCAACCGCAAUCUUUACUUUGCCUUGGUCAACACGCCAACUUCUCGUCUUCAUCGCCACUCGACGACGCUUGAAUCUCGAUCCCCUGUAGAUCUCCGAAGCAGCAUCUCGUAAACGCGCGGCUGGGACAACGAUUUGCCCUUGGAGCCAUUGCCACCACCUACACGUUCCCUCGCCAGCCGCAAUCGUCCAAGGUGAGUCCGCGCAAAGUCAAGCUUCGAUCUGAGCCGUUCGUGAUCGAACGUCAGUGCGCGCCACGCAGUGCCCGGAGUUCGCGCAGCCCGGAUUCGAGGUCCCCUUUCGAGAUGCACCACAGUGCUACGCAUCGACAAGCUCCCAAAGCAAUCGCAUCCCAAGGCAAACCUGGGCGUUGCGAUCUUUCCCCGCUUUGACUUGCUCAUAGCGCGGCGAACUCUCGAGAAGCCGUCACCAUCUGAACAGUGCUCCACUCGAAAGUUGGGUGCACACGGCGUUCUGGGUUGAUGCCUUUGGGCUUCACACUAGCGAUGCUCCUGCUUUGGCGCGUGGCUUUGCGAGUGAGCCAAUGCGCGUCUGGUCAGAAGUGUUUGGCACUUGCAAAGGAAGCCACGGAACGGAGACCGCGCAUUCACGAUCGAUUACACUCCAACUGCCUGCGGAAAUCGCG